AUGGAGACGCCUAAUCCAUAUCGCGCUUCGGGUCGGCCCCGAAAAGGGUUGCAGAUAUGUUUUCAGUGCCGGAACCGCAAGGUCCGAUGUGACGGCGCACCUGGAGGUUGCGAGAACUGUCGUCGGCUCAAGUUCCAUUGCUCCUUUGCAGCACCAGAUCAUGAUCCAAGCCAUCUGAGACUGGAGAAGCGUCGCGUGCGCACUGCUUGCGUACAAUGCCGUGACAAGAAGACAAAGUGCUGCGGCACGCAACCCUCGUGUCGGCGAUGCUCUUACCGGGGCGUUGACUGCCAGUACCCAGACAUGUCUAAGUCAUCAUCAACCAGAAAUCCAGCCUCGGAUCUCCGAUCCCAACCGUCUGCUGCAGUGCGUGGUGGUUCGGAAAACAGUAUGGAUAAUAGAACUUCGUCUAUGCAUCGAGACUCCUCCGUUGCGCACUCUCCGGCAUCAUCACUUGGGUUCGAGUUGAACUCAAACAAGACGAUUAUCAAGCAACACAUCGAUGCUUUCUUCGACUUUGUUUAUCCAAUACCUUGCUAUGGCUUCAUCCAUAAGGCCACUUUUUGCCAAAGUUGGGCACAGGACACCUACAACCCACGCCUUCUAAAGGCAAUGUGUGGUCUCACAGCCCGCUAUAUCGCGGCAGGGGAUACCAACCGUCUACAACAAGCAACGAGAUGGAUCCAAGAGUCGGAAAUGCAGCUCCUUAUGCGGCUUAGUGAGCCUUCCAUGUCGGAUAUCGAGGCACUCAUGCUCACUACACUGGACCACAUCAUUGCUCGUCGAUUCAGCAAAAUGCUAGUAUCUGCAUGCCUCGCUGCAAGGCUAGCGUUCAUGAUGCGACUCAACUACGAGGAUGGCCGCUUGAGUUUCCUCACUCAAGAGCGUCGCCGGCGCCUUAUGUGGGGUAUCUAUACCAUGGAGACGCUUUACUCCAGUGGAAGAACAGAGUUCACCGGUUGUCCGAAGGAAACAAUACACCUACAACUUCCCUGCCAUGAGCGGUCUUUCAGUUUAGAUAUUCCCGUAAUGACGGAACCCUUGAAGCCUCCAGAAAACCAAUGUUGUUUAGAGCUAGGUUUGAUGGCGAACAAUAUCCGGGUCCUCGACAUUCGAGAUCGGAUACAAAGGUUAUCUCAUACGAUCACGCAUCAUCGAAAGCCUUUGCUCGAAUGUGUUUCGCUACUGAAGGGGCUCAUCGAAGAACUCGAUGCGCUGCGUCGAUCGCUUCCGCCACAAUUCGCGUUCGACAAAAAGAACCUCUUUCUCCGAGCCUACACCCCACAAUGUACCCCCUUUGUCAUGUUCCAUACCUGGUGGCAUCAGUGCCAAUGCGACAUGUACAGGUUCACGAUACCAGGCUUUCGGGAAGGUCUCCCCGUGGAAGAGUUGAGAACUUUGCCUCAAGACUUGGUCUCCUUUUGCAGAGACAAGUGUCUCCAGCAUGCGCUUGCUGUUGCCAACAUCAUGGCCACAGUGACUGACAUGGAGAAAGACAUCUUCAUCACAGAUCCAGCCUUGGUGAUGUGUACUUUCCACUCCGCCCGUGUUAUCUCAAGGCUUGGUUCAAGCCAGUUCGCCAACAUGCCCAAGGAUGUUCUGAUAUCCAAGCUGAAGGCGUGCUCGGAUAUUCUCGAGACGCCAGCUGAGAUAUAUCCUACGACUAAGCUUCUGCGAGGUGGCAUCUCAGACCUUAUCCACGAUGUGGAGCGCGACUCUGGGGACUCGAGUCCGCUCAGGUCGAAUUGGGAGGCCGAACAGCCAGGAUCUGAAAACGAGGCGACCGGGGCUCAACAACCUGGUAUCCAAAGAGGCGCGCAGGGCUCAGUCCCAGAGGUGUAUUCAAAGUACAGCGUAACGGACGAGAUUCGGAAACUCAAGUUUCAACAAGACGGCGAAGAGGAUACUAGGGAAGAGUACCGGUCAGGCGAGCAAGCAACAGGGGUUGGCGCAGAUGGUGUCACACCUCAGCAAUUCAUGAUGCCGGAUAUGUCAAAGGAGCAUGGCUCGCAGCCAUACAUGCCAAUGCCUCAGGAUAUGACAGCCAACGGCUUUGGCUUUUCAGAAGCCGGCUUCGGUGCAAGCGCGGCGCCGUACGAUGUGUCAAUGACUCUGGGUUUCGAACCAAGUUACGGGGAAUGUCAGCCAGACUUGUUUCUGGAUACCUUCAUGCCUCUCCAAAACGACUGGAAUAUGGCUGAUUCUGGGUGCUUUUAA